UUUUGUUUUGUCUUUUCACCACUUGGGUGCACAGAAAAUUUCAAGAAGGCGAAGACCAAGUCUGCUUUAAUUUUCAGAUUGGAUUAAAAUUUAGACCAAAUUUUGAAGAUAGCGAAUGUUCUUUAUUAAUAAUAUAUAGUGAUAUGUAUUUACAUACGAUUUGUAAUUGAUUUGAAUGGAAAGGAUCGAGAAGGUGGAGUGAAAUCAACAUUACAAGAAAACGUAAGCACCUUCCCUGAGAAUAAUAACAUGAACAACGAUGCCACCUGCACGUCCUGGAAGUCUUAAGGAUCCGGAAAUUGCCGAUCUUUUCUAUAAACAUGAUCCAGAAAAAAUAUUCGAGGACUUGCGUGAAAUUGGUCAUGGCUCGUUUGGCGCUGUUUAUUAUGCGCGAUGCAACCUUACCAAAGAAAUCGUGGCCAUUAAAAAGAUGUCCUUUUUGGGAAAACAAAGCCUUGAAAAAUGGCAGGAUAUUCUUAAAGAAAUCAGAUUUCUUCGUCAACUGAAUCAUCCGAACACCAUUGAAUACAAGGGCUGCUAUUUACGUGAAUCAACAGCUUGGCUGGUAAUGGAAUAUUGUGUUGGUUCGGCUUCAGAUAUUAUUGAAGUACAUAAGAAGCCUUUACACGAGAACGAAAUCGCUGCAAUAUGUGAUGGCGUAUUGAACGGCUUGAGUUACUUACACAGUUUAGGGCGCAUACAUAGAGACAUAAAAGCCGGCAAUAUUCUCCUCACAGAUAAUGGUAUUGUGAAAUUAGCGGAUUUCGGUAGCGCUGCUAUUAAGUGUCCAGCUAAUAGUUUUGUGGGCACCCCAUAUUGGAUGGCCCCGGAAGUGAUUCUAGCUAUGGAUGAGGGCCAGUAUGAUGGUAAAGUCGAUGUAUGGUCCUUGGGUAUUACUUGCAUUGAAUUGGCUGAACGAAAACCACCAUAUUUUAACAUGAAUGCAAUGUCUGCCCUUUAUCACAUUGCUCAAAAUGAUUCUCCAAAUUUAUCCAAAAAUGAAUGGUCAGAUACGUUUUGCAAUUUUGUUGAGUUGUGUCUUAAAAAAAUGCCCGUGGAACGACCAUCGUCAACGAAACUGCUAAAACAUGAAUUUUUGACACAGCCACGUUCAGAUAUUGUGCUACUUGAAUUGAUAGCACGUACAAAAGCUGCUGUGCGCGAAUUAGAUAAUUUAAAUUAUCGUAAAAUGAAAAAAAUACUAAUGGUUGAUACCUGCGAGACUGAGAGCGCCAUCGGCGAUACAGACGAUACACAAGACGAACAUGCUGGCGGUGAUAGCAGCAAGAGUAAUAGUAUUACUUCAGAACACUCCAUACAUUCGGUGGGUGUGUCGGCGGCCAGUAGUCAAGUAAGCUCUUCGUCGAAUUCUAUUCCCACCACUCAAAAUCAUAUAUUGACGCAACAGCAGCAUAUUGCUGUGAAUUAUCAACAACAGGCAGCUGCUGCGGCAGCGGCGGCGGCUGCAAGUGGAGUUGUUGUACGAAAUUCAUCACGUCAAAGGAAUCUGCCGCCACUACCUAAUAUUAUGCACACAAUGAACAAUAAUGUUACGCCAACAAAUUCAACUUCUGUUGUACCAGCGCCUAUGAUGCCUGUAUCAUCCGCCAGUCAUUCAGCAGGAGGAGGCUCUCCUGCUGCUACAGCGAAUAUGGGAACAGGCAUGUUAUCUCAAGCUACCGGUGUUUGUGUGGGCAGUGCGGGCGGUGCUGGCGAUCGUAUGCCUCGCUAUUUGUCAUCACCUGCCGCCGCAGCUGCAGUAUAUGCUGCAUCGUCACAGCAAGCCAUCUCUAAUGCCGUCAAUGAGCAUGGACCUAACAAUUUUGCCACUAUUCGGACUACAAGUAUUGUAACAAAGCAACAGAAAGAACACAUGCAGGAGGAAAUGCAUGAGCAAAUGUCUGGCUAUAAACGAAUGCGUCGCGAGCAUCAAGCUGCGUUACUGAAGCUCGAAGAGAAGUGUAAAUUGGAAAUGGAGGCUCACAAAGGAGCAUUAGACAAGGAAUAUGAUAAUCUCUUAUACAACUUCACACGGGAACUGGAGCGUUUAGAGGCGAAGCAUCAGCAAGACUUAGAACGUCGUCAAAAGCAAACAUCCGCAGCGGAAAAGAAACUAUUCAAGGAGAUUUCUUUGAAACAGGAAAGUGAUCGCAAAGCCUUUGAUUUAAAUCGCAAAAAGGAAUAUAAAGCUAAUAAAGAACGAUGGAAACGUGAAUUAUCGAUGGAUGAAUCUACACCGAAACGGCAACGUGACCUGACGUUGCAAUCACAGAAAGAUAACUUGAAGCAAGCAGAAGCGCAAGAGGAACAACGUUUGUUAAGAGUACAAAAACAGUAUAUCGAUUUGGAGAUGCGGAAGUUCAAGAGAAGACGCCUAAUAUCUCUUCACGAGCUCGAAGAUCAGUUAUUGCGUGAUGAAUUAAGCAAAAAGCAACAUCAAUUAGAGCAAGCGCAUGCUAUUCUGCUGAAACAUCAUGAAAAAACGCAGGAACUAGAAUAUCGUCAACAAAAAAGUGUACAUCAGCUUCGCGAGGAGCAGAUAAAUACUCAGCACGAUACGGAACUGAAGAAUCAAAAUGACUAUAUGGACCGAGUUAAAAAAGAACUUUUGCGGAAACACGCUCUUGAAAUCAGACAACAUCCUAAAAGUUUAAAGCAAAAAGAACUGCAAAUCCGCAAACAAUUCCGCGAAACUUGCAAAACUCAGACAAAACAAUAUAAACGGUAUAAGGCACAAAUUCUCCAGACCACACCAAAAGAGCAACAAAAGGAGGUAAUAAAACAAUUGAAGGAAGAGAAACAUCGAAAAUUAACACUUCUAGGCGAACAGUACGAACAAAGCAUCGCUGACAUGUUUCAAAGUCAGAGUUACAAAUUGGAUGAGACCCAAGUGAUUGAGUGCCAUCGUACCAACGAGCAGUUGGAAUACGAACUUGAUGUGCUCACUGCCUAUCAAAAUAAAAACAAGAAACAAGCUCAAGAGCAACGUGAUCGUGAGCGUAAAGAGUUGGAAAAUAGAGUAAACGUUCGAAGAGGUUUACUGGAGAGUAAGAUGAAUGCGGAGUUACAGCAGUUCAAUCAAGAGCGAGCUGAACGUUUGCGUAUCAAACAGGAGAAGCAUGCCAGAGAACUGGAAGCUUUCGAUCAGGAAUCGCUUUCGUUAGGUUUCAGUGCUCUAUCACUCAGCGAGGUAUCGCGCGAAACAUACCCCGACGAAGAGGGUAGCUUAUCAGGGUCCAUGAUCAGUUUAGCGCAUAGUAAUAGCUCUACAAGUUUUCCGGCAGGCUCCCUAUAGCAUAAAAACUUUAAUAAUGAUGAUGGUAAAAACCAAGUAAAAGAAGUAAUGUAAAAAAGAAACUCAAUAAAAUAUUAAACACUAAUAAUAAUAACGAAUACAUUGAAGAAGGAAAAAGUGUGAACAAUGAACGAAGCAAAAAUAAUAAUAAAAUGCAAAAAACAAAAUUAAAUAUAUGGCACUGAUUGCAGCAAGCAAAAUAUAAACAGCAAUAAUGCAUAUUAGCAGUUGACGCCGGUUCAUAUGUUUACAAUUAAGUUAUUAAAUUACCUAAAAUUUAAUUGCAAUCUAGAAACACAGCAAAGCAUAUAUUCAAGAUAUGAAACGUGGUAAUUAAAUAUACCAUUAAAGAAAACAUAGGCAUUAGUGGAAAGUUUCUUAAGCUGUAAGGCUUUGAAUAAGAUAAUCAAAAAAGGCGUAACAAACUAGGACGCUAUUUUUUUUUAUAAUGCAGUAUAAUAGCGCUAUAAAGAAAUACCAUAAAAAAUACUUACACUGUCGUAAGUCCAUAUGCCCACACGAAUGUUUGCUUACAUAUAAACGAUUUUAUAUGCAUUUAAAGCUGGUGUGAAAAUUGCAUUUCCUUCUAAAUGUUUGCAAGAUAUGAAAUUUGGGUAAUGUGAGCUGGAGAGAUGUAUGCAAUUGCAUUGUAUUAUAGGGCUAUCUUUCAUAUAGACUGAUAUAGUCGAGCUUUGGUACUCAUAUAUAGAUUUAGAAUUCGGUCAUCAUAUACAUUCAGUUGUAUAUGCCAAUAUUCCUUGUGUCCAGUAUUCAUUGUAACGAUUUCUUUGCACGCAAUAGCAUGGGCAAUUCUUGAUAUUUUUCUUGCUGUGAUAUUACAUAUCAAAGAGUGCAACAUCUUGAUUUAUAUUGAUGAUAUAUGUAUGUGUAUAUACAAUCAGAAACAAAAUGGGAUGGAAUUAUAUUUUUU